CUAAAUUAAUUUUAGUCAUUUGCAAAUGUCCCAGGAAAAACAGGAAGGACAAAACACUCUUAUCUUUCCUUGUGCCAGAUCAUGGUCAGACACAUACAACACUCCUCCCUCUUUUUCUUCCUUAAAACCAAAGGAUUCACUUUCCAUUUGUUAGACUGUAACUGCCUAGCAGAUUUGCUCUGUCAAGAGGUUCAAAUUCAGCUACACAUAAUCUGGUUUAUAUUUACCGAGUGUAAUUCUACACUGUACUGCUUUCCAUCAGAUUUCAAGUUUGCAGAGACCAACUAAUUUCUCAGCUACAUGUCCUGUGGCCAUCCCUCUAUCAUCCUGCUGUUUACGUUGGUUUGACUGUUGCCCUCCAUUUCACCUCUAUCUAUCAGCAUGGAGCAACCGUGGGAAGCAGAUCCAGAAAUGAUGCCAGCAAUGAAAAAUGCUAUGGGAAGCAGCAGUGACGUUGCAGCUGCACGAAUUAGAGAAUAUCUGGAAAGUAAAAACAAUGUACUGCUAAACAUAGCAAUCACUGGAGAGUCCGGCUCUGGUAAAUCCUCCUUUGUCAAUGCCUUCAGAGAUGUAGAAGACGACAGUGAAGAUGCUGCUCCAACUGGUGUUGUAGAAACCACCUUGGAGGUAAAAGAAUAUCCUCAUCCAAACUAUCCCAAUAUCAUCUUCAGUGACCUUCCUGGAAUCGGAACCACCAAGUUUCCAGCUAAAAAGUAUUUGAAGCGUGUUGGAUUUAAGAAGUUUGACUUCUUCAUCAUCAUCUCAGCUGAUCGCUUCAGAGAAAAUGAUGCUAAACUUGCGAAGGAGAUCAAGAAGAUGGGGAAGAAUUUCUACUUUGUUCGCUCAAAGGUUGACCAUAAUUUACGAGAUGAACAAAGAAAAAAGGAUUUCAGCCAAGAGAAGACUUUAACACAGAUCAGAGAUGAUUGUGUUAAAAGUCUAAAGGAUCAAGGAGUUGAGUCUCCACAGGUCUUCCUGGUGUCCAGCCAUGACAUCCAUCUGUAUGAUUUCCCUCUCCUACGAGAGACCUUAGAGAGGGAUCUCCCUGAACACAAGAGAGACGCUCUGCUGUUAUCCUCACCCUACAUAUUCCCAGACAUCAUUGAAAAGAAGAAAAAGGUUUUCAUGCGUCAAAUAUGGGGUCUUACUGCUCUUUCAGGAGUUGUAGCAGCUGUCCCAGUUCCAGGGCUUUCUGUUGGUGUUGAUCUGGCUUUGCUGGUUGGUGCUGUCACCCGUUAUGUGACUGGGUUUGGUCUAAAUGUUGCAUCUCUAAAGAGGACAGCUUCCAGAACAGGUAUACCAUAUGAUGAGCUGAAGGCUGUUCUCACUUCUCAAUUGGCUGCAGAACACAUAACUCAUGAUCUCAUCAUGAAGGUGGUUCUUCAGGUUUCAAGCAGGGCUGCACUAAUGGCAGCAGAGGAAGCAUUCAGAUUUAUUCCAAUUGUUGGAAUCCCAGCAUCUAUGGCUCUCUCUGCUGUCACAACCUACAAAUUUUUGAAGCUUUUCCUUGAUUUACUUGCUGAAGAUGCUCACAGGGUCUCUGACAAAGUCCUGAAUAAAAAUAAAUAAAACACAGAUACCUUUAUUCAUUUAAAUCUUGCAAACAUCGUUCAGAAUUGCUUUAUCAGUCAAGUGAGCUUAGUCGCAUGCAUCAUCUGCUGACCCCCAUGAGUGCAGAAACUAGAACAUUAUAGAGAAAAACCUUUUCUUUUACAUUAAUCAUAAUGUAUGUUUGUAAUUUUAGGAUUGUAAGCUUUCUAAGAACUUUAUUUUGAGUAAUUAUGGAUGUUUUCAGACCCUCUUGAAAUUUUUUGAUUUUACGAAUUAUUGUUAAACUGGUUGGUUUGUGGAUUGCAUGGUGGAGCUGGAGCUAGCACUGAUGCUUUGUAACAAGACAUUUGUGGUUUUUAAUCCCACCCUGGAGUCUAUCUGCAUGUAGUUUCAUGUUCUGUCUAUGCAGACGUGGGUUUUCUCUGGAUGAUUGUUGGUUGAUUUUUCUGUAUAAAUUGUCCUUUUGUCGGUCUCUGCAUCAUAAGACAAUGUAGGAAAUGUUUUUGUUUUCAUUUAGAUCUGAAAUGUGUGCACUGUAUAAGUGUUUUAGAUUAAAUGUUGAGCUAUUUUUGAAAUGAUUGUAUAUGUUUUUAGACAGAUUGGAAAUUGAUUUUGCUUUUAAACUGCUUUAUAUCGUUUAAAUAUUUUGACAGAAAAAAAUAAACAUUAUAUAAUCUUGUCUGUCAUGUACAGUUUGACUUCAGUGGGGGGUGGUUUACACAUAAUUUAUGUAGAUUUUUUUUAUUUAUACUCCACAAAUGUUCUCUGUAUUGUAACAACAAUCAUAGCUCAUCAUGAGAAUCUUGUUGUUCCUUCUUGACAGCAUCUAAUUCCACUUGUUCCUCCUCAGUUCUUCUUCCUUUGUCCCUGCUGUGCAACAAUAAAGUUGACCUAUUAAUAACUAU